AUGGACAAGAAUUGGAUGCACGUGCCAAAUAGGUUUACUUCACGUGAAUAUUGCAAAAGGAUUAAUAAUCUCCUCACCAUGGCAAAAGCCCAUGCACCUGGAAGAACUACCAUAAGGUGUCCAUAUAGGAGAUGUCGUAAUAUCCUAUUCCUACCAUUCAAUGAAGUCGAAGAUCAUCUAUUUAUGAUAGAUAUUGAUCCAAGGUAUACACAUUGGAUAUUUCAUGGGGAGGGUGAAAAUUGGAGUGUCAAUUCGUCAUCUUCUGAUGAUGAUACAAUGUUCAAUCUCAUAAUUUUAUUGAUGAUUGAGGACACCCAAGCUGCAUCAUUCAUUGACCCUGCGUUCGGUGAUAGUGGUACUACUUUACAGCCGCCCAUGAGUGAUUGGCAAUCGAAAACAUUUGACCAGUUGUUUGAGGAUGCGAGACUUCCUCUUUAUCCAACUUGUGAGAAGUUUUCUAAACUCUUAUUUAUAGUCAAGUUGCUUCAUAUCAAAAGUGUUGGUGGGUGGACUAUCAAGUCAUUUCACAUGGUUUUAGAAUUUUUAAAGGCUGCAUUUCCAGACAUCCAAAUACCUAACUCAUACCACGAGGCUCGACACUUAGAGCAUGGUUUGGGUUUUAGUGAUAUGAAGAUAGAUGCCUGCACAAAUGACUGCAUACUAUUUUGGAAACAUGAUGCAGAUAAAGAAGCUUGUUCUAAAUGCGAGGAGCCAAGGUGGAUGUCAACUAGAGGAAAAAAAUGGAAGAUUCUUCAGAAGGUUUUGCGAUACUUUCCUCUUAAGCCGAGGUUACAAAGACUUUUUAUGUCUAAGAAUAUAGCAAAGUCCAUGAAAUGGCAUAAAGAAGAACGAGUUGAUGACCAUAGUACCUUAAGGCAUCCUGCUGAUUCUAAGAUGUGGAGACAAUUUGAUAAACACCACACUUGGUUCACCCAAGAUUCUCGCAAUGUCAGACUGGGGCUAACUAGUGAUAGGUUUAACCCGUUCAUUAAUAUGAGCAAACCUUAUAGCAUAUGGUCAGUCAUACUCAUGCCAUAUAACUUGCCCCCUUGGUUAUGCAUGAAAGAGCCGUACUUAAUGCUCUCCUUGCUCAUUCCUGGCCCCAAAUCAUCAAGAAAUGACAUUGAUAUUUAUUUGCAACUUUUAGUGAAUGAACUGAAAGAGUUAUGGGAGGAUGGUGUAGAUAGCUACGAUGCAUCAAAGUCUGAACACUUUCGCUUACAUGCUACACUAUUGUGGACUAUUAAUGACUUUUCUGCAUAUGUCAAUCUUUCUAGGUGGAGCACAAAGGGAAAGAUGGCUUGCCCGUCAUGCAAUAAGGAUACAGAUUCCAUGUGGUUGAAACAUGACAAAAAAUACUGUUACAUGCGUCAUUGUCGCUUCUAA